UCCCCAGUGCGUGGACGACGACAGACACACGAAGAAGGAGAGAGCUGGAGGUCGACACGGUGACCCCUGCACCACCUGCUUCUGACGCCGACGGAGAGGUUCUCUGUGUGUCCCGAAGCUGCUACGUGGAGUGUGAAACCCUCAUAUCUUCCGACACUUGCUUGCUCCGUAUUUCCAGCUGAGACCUGCAGGUUCCAGUGGCACGUCUCUCCCUGCCACCUCCCCCUCUCUCGAUUGUCCUGGUGUGCCUCCCCCCACCUACUGUGAGACAUGCUGGCUCUGAUACUCUGAGAACGAGCGAUCCUGAAUGCGCAACGGAUGACCCGUGCCCUCUGUCAGUGCGAGGAGGCUCACACGGUUGCCUCGCCCGGGCAUGCUUUGCCGACCGUGGCGCGAGUCCGCAGACAAGUUUUCUCUCCCGGUGUCUGCUGCCCUCUCUGUCUCAGGAGAUGAAGUUAUCCACCAGUGGACCGCUCCUCCUGACAUCUCUCGCCCAACACCAGCAGUUACAGCGUCUUAUCAGCGUACCUCGACCGGCAACGCGACACUCGCCAACCCCCACUCCACUGCCACCCAUCUUUUUUCUUGUGCUGAAACUACCACCCACACUAGUGCCCUACAAUCACUACACAAACACAACACACCCACCUCAGAGCUGCCAUUCUGCGGCCACCACGCCUGACCACACUGCUGCCACCGGUGUCAAGGACGAUCAACCGUGAGCAGAGCACCUGAUGAGCGUCUUGGUGUCCAUUGCCACAUCGAGAAGGCAACCUGUGUCUUUCGGGAAUCAUCUCCCUCACUGAUGCACCACUGCCGGGUAGAUUGACUGCCAGGCUACAAAGGUGGUACUGCCAGAUCAUGUGACUGCGCCUGUGUGUGUCCUGAUGGUGAACUUGAGACGGUUGUGGUAUCGGCAGUCCUGGACAUGGAGUACAGUAACUAUCUCACAGACGGAGAUUCUGUCCAGAAACAGCUCAGAGAAGCUCUCGCUGGCCUCGGUCUGGAAGUGGUUGACAUCCGAGCUGAAAGCUAUGGCCUCAAACAGACUCAGAUUAUCAUUUCGCUGUCCUCAAUGAGUGGCGAUAAGAUUCUACUUGAAGAUCUUGAGGCAUUGCUGCUAGAACAGCUCAAGUCUCCGUCAGUCAUGUCCAUCAAAGUGGGUCACCACGAAGAGCCAAAGUCAAUAAAUGUUGUAUCGAGGCCUCUAGUCCGCCAGUCAUCUUCAAGCAGUGGCUCAGGGGGUGCCGACAAGACAGCAAUCAUUGCAGCAGUGACUCUCACAGUAGUGGUUGCGCUGGUCGGUGCCAUAGUCAUCAUGGUCAUCGUCACCAGAGCACGCCGGAUGACACCCAUCCCCAAGACUACCACAGUUUAACAUCUCAACAACCCCUAGCCAAAUUAUUACCACCCACUCAUCCGUAUAUGAUAUCUCUCCAGCCAAGGACUUUCCCUGCUUCUGAUUUUAUCCUCUCCGCCUCAAUCUCCUGUAUAGUCAUGUUCACCCUAUAUGCAUGAUGUCACUUAUCACUCAAAUCUAUGUGUGUGUGUGUUGUGAUUGUGUUGCUGUGCCGUGUAUAUAUAACUAUGAGACUCUUUUUCACAUUCAAGCAUAAGUUUAUAACUACAUAAGCGCAGACACGGAUGUAUUCGGAAGCUUAGGCAUGAAAAAACAUGUUUAUAGCAUACUAGCUAAAAGAAUAAUAUGAGAGGAAA